UUCAAUUGAAUUGACUUUGUAAAGUGCCUUGAGACGACAUGUGUUGUGAAUUGGCACCAUUUACAUAAAACUGAAUUGAACUGAAUUAUGUAAAACGGAUUAAAAUUAAAAAUCUGAAAAAACUGACAGUAAGGUAACACGUCGAGUGCUGAAGGGAUCACUUGAGCUGAGGGAACACAACAUAGACACAAGACAAGCAAUGCAAAAGAAAAUGAAGAAAUUAAAGAAAUUGAUUUUAAGAAUAAAAAAAAAAAAAGAAUUUCUCAAUCAAAAACAACAAAGCGAGUGCAUUGCAAAAGAAAAAGGCAGAAGACUCCAAACAUGUAUCCUGAGUUUGUUCAACUUGCCCUGUUUAUAUUUUUUUAUAAAAAACACAAAACAAAAUGCUCAAAGGCAACAUUCCUUAAUAGCUUUAAAGGCAUUUCUUCUCUGGAUCAGCCAGAGGAACCUGUUUGCCAGUUUACCAACACGGUGAACCUGUCCCAAAUCUGUCUCUGGAUUGAUGUUCCACCCAUACUUAGUUUUCUUAUUUUUUACUGCUGUUAUUUAGGGCAAUUGCCUAUUUAAAAUGCAAUUUAAAUCUUUUUAUCCUGGCAGGAUAUACACAUUUAUAAUUCAAAGCUCCUGUGCUGACUUAGGAUUUUCAGCAACUAUAAGUGUUAACAUUUUCAGCACCUAACAUGUAUCUGUGUAUUUGUUUCCCUGGCCCUUGAUCAAUAUUUGGCUGAUAGGUGAUGCUCAACAUUUCAAGAUGAUUUACUGAAAUGUUUUGUGCAUCUAAAACAUACAUAGCAAAGUUUUAAAAUUCCUUCAUCAUGCACCAAAUUUGAAAGGAAAUCUCAGGGAAGCAUCGUCUUAACAUCAGUUGAAAGCAGUUAAAGACUAGACUGUGUUUUUGAUGUUCAGCAAGUUUGUUGGAGCUCUUAGAGUUGAACUGUAAAACCAGGCAGGCUUUCAGAACACUACCUGGACAUAUUGGGUCAGCCAUGAAUGUUAGUAUUGGGUGUUUCUGGCCUGGAAAUUCCUCCCACUUGUGAAACUUGUUUCUGUAUGAAAAUGCAAUCAUUGCAGAUGACAAUCUCUGUCCAGUUGUUCAGGUAUUUUUCCCUCUCAGUCUGACCUGACAGAAACAAUUACCAUAAAUAUGUGAACGGAGUGGUGGGUUUCCCAGAGUUUAAAAAGAGCUCCUUCUGUGCAGAAGUUUGAGAUAGGUUACGAGGUUUACUCAUCACACAGGUAUGUAUUUGAAGAAAGACAAACAUUGUUGCUUGCAUUUGUACGUUCUGUGUAAAAAAAAAAAAAAGCAAUCUACUAUAUUACAAUUUUACCUAAUAUCAAAGUUGUUCAACUUAUUUGCCUAUUAUUUGAAGUGAACAGUUUGCUUUUUAAAUUCAGGUCAGAAUGAAGACUCUGCUCAACUAUCUUGGGUUCAUAGUGGGCCUUCUGUUGAGCUGCUCAGUCCAUGCUGCGAAAAGAACUCUUCCUGAAGACUGCACAGAGAUUCAGAAACUGUCACCUCAAGCACCCAGUGGAGUUUAUGAAAUCCAGCCAGCUGGAGGCACCACCCGCUUCAAGGUGUACUGUGAGAUACGUCCAGAUGGUGGCUGGGUAGUGUUUCAGAGACGAACUGGAGGAGUGGUGUCCUUUGACAGGAAGUGGGCAUUUUACAAAUAUGGUUUUGGAUCUCUAGCAUAUGACCACUGGCUCGGUCUGGAGAAUGUCCAUCUUCUGACUAAGGGCAAAACAAAAAAGUGGACUUUGAGGGUGGACCUGUGGGACCAUGAAGGUGGCACCGCAUUUGCUGAGUACAAGAACUUCAACCUUGGAAAUGAGGGAACAGCUUAUAAACUUCAGGUUGGAAGAUAUAGCGGAAACGCAGGUGACGCCAUCCGUGGGACCUAUCUGGGUAUUGACCAAAACAACUUUGGUUUCAGCACCAUCGACCGUGACAAUGACGGCUGUUCCCCGUGCAUCUUUGGUGACAUCGCUGAAGCAGAGUGUGCCUUAACCGAGGGCGGCGGUUGGUGGUACAGUCGCUGUGGCUCUGCUAGCCUGAAUGGUGUAUGGCAUCCUUUUGGCGAACACAUUGGCUGGGCGUCGGGUCUCCACUGGCUGACAUGGAAACCUCCUGCGCCUUAUUCAGCCAAGGCUACCAGAAUGAUGAUCAAAUCUGAGUGAUUCCUGCUGCCAGUUUCACUUUGGGUUAAAGUUUUUAUUUUUGGUAAUUUUGGAUGUCGAGGGUCUAACUACAAUGAGGAAAUUCACCCAUGCACAUUUUCAAUUUAUAAAGUCAAAAUGUCUCUAAAAUGAAAAUAAAGGUUUUGACAUGC